AUGGCUUCUAUUACGAACAAUUUAAUGGAAUCAGAUGAUGAUUAUAUUCCACCGGUUAAAUUAAAAAAGACAACAAAUGAGGAUGAUCAUAAUGAUUUAUAUUGUUUUGAAUGUCAUGAUGAAGGUGAUGUUAUUUGUUGUGAUUCAUGUCCACGUGUAUAUCAUCCGAAAUGUCUUGGAUUGACAACAUUACCUGAUGGCGAUUGGACAUGUCCUGAAUGUAAAAUUAUUCAAUCAUCAUCUAAUAUAAAUAAUCCACGUAUAGAUGAAUUUCAUACUAUGUUAAAAUAUGCACUCCGUCGAAUGAAAUCUCAUCCACAAUCUGCACCAUUUAUGAAACCUGUUGAUUCUAAACAAGUUCCUGAAUAUCUUGAUUAUAUAAUUCAUCCAAUGGAUUUAGAAACAAUAGAAAAAAAUAUCGAUUUAAAAAAAUAUCCAUCUACAGAUGCAUUUAUUGCUGAUGUUAAAUGGAUAACACAUAAUAGUCAAAGUAAAUUUACUACGAUUGCACGUGCAUUAUUAAAAAUUGCUCGUCAUGAAAUGACUGAAAUUGAAAUUUGUUCGGAAUGUUAUUUACGUAGUGCACAACCUAUAACAACAGAUUGGUUUGCUGAACCAUGUCGUAUUCCACAUACAUUAUGUUGGGCUAAAAUGAAAGGUUAUCAACCAUGGCCAGCGAAAGUUUUACGUAUUGUUAAUGAUGAAGUUGAUGUUCGUUUUUUUGGUCAACAUGAUCGAGCAUGGGUAUCAAUUAAUAAUUGUUUUGUUCUUUCGAAAGAAUAUCCAGGUGCAGAAAAGAAAAAAUCUAAUAUUAAUUUUGAAAAAAGUCUUACAGAAUUACAAACUCAUAUUGAUCGAUUAAAAACACUUUAUGGACAUUUUACAUAUGCACCACCACAAACACCACUUAGUAAAACGAAACCGUUCAAAUUCGUUUCAAUUAUUGAUGACUCCAUUCUACCUACUUAUGUAACAACGACAACUAAUAACAAUGCACUUCGUCCUUCUAUCAAGUGUAUAAAACAACCACGUUCUCCUAUUCUAUUACAAACAACUGAAUCAACUAUAAAUAUAAAAACAACUACUAAACGACAGAAUGAAAAUUCUUAUGACCAACAACAACAACAACAACAACAAGAAGAGUCAGUUAAACGAGCACGACUUUCAUCUCGACCUACGGAUGAUAAUAGUAUUAAUUCAAAUCGAAUUGUACUACGAAUUCGAAAACCAAGUGAAGAUUUAUCAAGUAGUCGAAGUGAAACAUCAAAUAGUAGUAGUAAUAGUACUACGAUUACCCAUCAAUUAAAUAUGCAAAUCAAAGAGCCAUUAUCAACAUUAAAAGAAGAUGAUGAAGAUCAUAAUCAAUCUCAAUCAGAAAAUGUAUUUGAUAUUUUUAAUCAAACAUUAGUUCCAUCAAAAAACGAUGAUGAAGUGCCAUGUAGAUCACCUAAAAAUCAAUCAUCAUCAUGUCCUUCUCCAACGGAAAAUAACGUACUAAAUCCAACAUUAAUUAGUAAUUAUGUUGAUCAAAAUUCCAUAACUGUUGAUUAUUCAAAUAUUGAAGAUGUCAGAUUAUCAAUGAAUGCUUUACUUGAUGCUAUUGAUGCACUUAAAUCUAUAUCUGAAGUUCGUACGAGUCAAUCUUUACUAAUGAUGACAUCAUCAUCAUCAUCCACAAAUGAAUCUAGACCAAUACAACCUCAAUAUGCUGAACGACGUACAACAACAAAACAAUCACGUAAAUCUCGUUUACAACAUCGUAUAAUAACAACUCAAUCAAAACCACUUAUAACUAAUAAUACUACUCUUUCAUCUUUUGAACAUCAUGUAAAUGAACGAUCACUUUCUCCAAUAUCAACAAUACCAUCUCUAAGACCAUUAUCAAUAAGUCCUGCAAGUACUGAUGUUUUUGAAGAUUCUGCAACUGUAACAAAUGAUGAUUUAUUAAUACAACAUCAACAAUUAGAAAGAACAAAAUCAAUUGAAACACUUAGCGUUAAAUCUGAACCAAUGGAUACUGAAGAUAAUCAAAAACGUCGAAUAAUUCAAUCAAUACCACCAGUUCAUCCAUCUAUAUCAAGUUCAUCAUCAGUUUCUGCAAAAUCUUUUCUUAUAUCACCACCAGCAAAUACACAACAUCAUAAAACAAAAACUUCUAUUCCUUCUACUACAACAGCAUCAAAUUCUCAAUUACCAGCAAUGAUAACAAAUAGUAAUAAUACAUUUGCCCCACGAAUAUCAUCAACAGUACCACAAAAAAAUAAUUGGCCUACACCUGUACCUAUGACUUCUUCGACACGACAACCACCAAAUCCAACACAUAAACGACCUGGACCAACGAUAUAUCCAUCGACAGCUCAGCGUAAUAGUAAUAAUAAUAAUAAUCCACCGACAAUGAGAAUAAAUCCUUCGACAUCAUCAUUACAACCUCAAUCAUUUGAUACAUUUCCUAUUAAUACAUCAAUACAACGAAGACCAAAUGGUAUGACUCAUUCGACACUUACCUCAAAUACGCCACCAAUACCAAAUCGAAAUCCUAUACGAAUGCCACUAUUUAAUAAUCAUCCUAUUCGACCUUCAAUUGAAGAUCAUCAAACACCAGGUGAAAUACAAAUGAUAAUCAAAAAUUUUAAUGAUAAAUUUCAACAAUUAUUAACUGAUUUUACUGUUAAAAUUGAAACAGCACUUGAAUCAAAUCGAGUCAAAUAUGAAAAAGAAUUAGAAGAAACACGUCGAACAUAUCGUAUGUCAAUGAAUGAAUUACGUACAAUAACAACUCAACAAGUUCAAGAAAUGCACAAUAGUUUAGAAUUACAAUAUUGGACACGUCUUUCAGAAAUGCGUAAUCGUUAUGAAUCAACACUUCAACAACAACUUUCAAAAUCUUCAAAACAACUUAAUGGUGGUCCUCGUUAG